AGUCGGUGAGGAGAGAGGGUGUGUGUGUGUGUGUGUGUGUGUGUGUGUGAGAGAGAGGGAGGAAGAGAGAGUAAUAGAGAGAGACACGCGCUCUCUUCUAGUGCACUUUGCAGUAAGUUGCGGGCGGCUGUUGCUGGCGUGGCGGUUGCUGGUCGCGCAGGGAACUUUAACACGCUGGAUCCCAAAGUCCGUCUCUCUCACCUGCGCAGUUCGGAGCUGCCAUGGAUUUCGCGGCCGGAUUUACUAUCCUAAUCACACUGCCGAUCUUUCUGCAGACGAACGGCCUUUAUAUCUCCAGUAGCAUAGAUUCCCUGCAGCAUGUUCUGGGGGACUAUGGACUGGUGAAGCCCAUUCUUACUGAUGCAGAAGGCCGCUUCCUGUCCCAUGCGGUAUCGGUUGGUCCAGAAGAUGGGCAGUUCCGUAGGCGCUGGAGAAGAGAGGCGGCAUCGGCCGACCACGCCCACCAUGAGUCCGAAGGAGGCACGCCAGAGCGACUCUACUACAACGUCACCGUCUUCGGCCGGGAGUUUCACCUGCGUCUGCAUCGUAACAUGCGCCUGGUGGCUCCCGGAGCCAAGAUGGAGUGGCAGGGUUCCGAUGGCAUGCACUCCGAGCCUUUGAAAAGUGACUGCAUGUAUGUUGGAGACAUUACAGACAUGCAGGGAGCCUCCGUAGCUAUUAGUAACUGCGACGGCCUGGCAGGAAUGAUCAGAACUGAGCAGGAGGAGUUUUUCAUUGAGCCAGUGGAAACGGGACAUCAUGUGACUGAGCAGGAGGAAGAGGAUGGUGGCCGUUCUCACAUUGUGUACCGUUCUGCUGCUGUGAAGAAGCCUCCUGUUAGCUCACUAGCUGCAGACUUCCACUCCAAAGGUGCUGAUUUGGGCGGACUGUUGGACCUUGAGACUCUGUAUCAGGGUGUUGAACGCAGUAUUAACCAGAGCCGACGAGCCCGCAGACAGCUGCCGGAACGAAUCUACAACAUUGAGGUUUUGCUGGGGGUGGACGACUCUGUGGUGCAGUUUCACGGGCAGCAGAAAGUGGAGAAGUACCUUCUCACUCUUAUGAACAUCGUGAACGAGAUCUAUCAUGACCGUUCUCUCGGGGCACGAAUAAACGUGGUGCUAGUUCGGAUUGUUUUGGUUGACGCCAGAAAAUCCACGAGCCUCAUUGAGCUGGGUAAUCCUUCUCAGAGUCUGGAAAAUGUGUGUCGCUGGGCUUUCGAACAGCAGAGGAAUGACACUAACGACAAAGAAUACCAUGAUCACGCCAUCUUUCUUACUCGUCAAGAGUUUGGACCAACAGGAAUGCAGGGUUAUGCUCCUGUCACAGGCAUGUGUCAUCCCGUACGGAGCUGCACUCUCAACCAUGAGGACGGUUUCUCGUCUGCUUUUGUCGUCGCGCAUGAAACCGGCCAUGUGUUGGGAAUGGAGCAUGAUGGGCAGGGGAAUCGUUGUGGAGAUGAGGUGCAGAUGGGGAGCAUCAUGGCCCCACUGGUGCAGGCGGCUUUCCACCGUUUCCAAUGGUCACGCUGCAGUCAACAGGAAUUGGGCCGCUACCUGCAUUCGUAUGAUUGUCUCCGUGACGACCCGUUCGAGCACAAAUGGGAGGAGCUUCCACACCUGCCCGGGCUGCAUUACUCCGUGCACGAACAGUGUCGCUUUGACUUUGGGGCCGGAUACAUGAUGUGCACAGCGCUGCAAAAGGUGGGGCAAUCAGGAGCCCAGUAUCGCCCCUUUGACCCCUGUAAGCAACUUUGGUGUGCUCAUCCAGACAACCCUUUUUUCUGCAAGACCAAAAAAGGUCCGCCCAUUGAUGGCACUAAUUGCGGUGAUGGGAAGCACUGUUUUCAAGGCCACUGUGUACAGUUGACUCCAGACAUCAUGAAAAAGGACGGAAGCUGGGGGAUGUGGAGUGAGUUUGGCUCCUGCUCUCACACCUGUGGAAGGGGACUACAGUUUCGCACACGAGCUUGUGACAAUCCGCGUCCAGCCAACGGUGGACGUAUUUGCUCCGGCCCAAGCUAUCAGUUCCAGAUUUGUAAUAUGCAUGAGUGUGAAGAACCCUACCAAGACUACAGAGCCGAGCAAUGUAGAAUGAUGGACAACGAGUUUAAGUACCAGAAUACCUGGCACCACUGGCUGCCAUAUGAACACCCCGACCCUAAGCAACGCUGCAAACUGUACUGUCAAUCCAAAGAAACCCGAGCUGUAGUCAACAUGCAGACUCUGGUGAAACCUGGAACACGCUGUUCCUACAAAGAUCCCUACAGUGUGUGUGUGGCCGGAGACUGUGAGAAAGUGAGCUGUGAUAAUGUGGUUGGAUCAGCUCUACAGGAAGAUAAGUGUGGCGUCUGCGGCGGAGAUGGAACCAAGUGCAAGACUCACAAGUUUAACUUCACCUUUGUAGAGAAGACAGGUGUCAUUAAAGUGCUGGAAGUUCCCAGAGGGGCGAGACAUCUCUUCAUCCAGGAACUUAAUGGAACUACUCACAUUUUAGCUGUCAUGAAUAAAGCAUCGGGUGAUUUCUUUCUCAAUGCCUAUGGAGAGUACCCAGAGACACGCUCAGUUAUUGAAAAAGGUCUGGAAUGGGAAUAUGAAAAUAAAAACAACAAGGACACCAUUCAAACCAGCGGACCCUUGAAAAACGACGUGGUUGUCAUGAUCCGAAUGCAUGGAUCAGCCAGGGUGAAGGUGUCGAUCAAAUACAUCACUUACUAUGACAGACUGAGUGAUGGUACCAAUGAGAAUAACAUGGUCCCUGAUAAUGCAGUGCCAUAUUCCUGGGUGGUGAAGAGAUGGACAUCCUGUUCCAAGACCUGUGGAGGAGGUAUUCAGAUGACGCGUUACGGCUGCCGUGAGAAUGCAGAGAUGAAGAUGGUCCAUCGCAAAUUCUGUGAGGAAAACAAGCAGCCUCAGCCCCUGUUUAGAGACUGUUACUUGAGAGAGUGUGCUCAGCCCAUCUGGGUGGCUGGAGAGUGGGGCGAAUGCAGUAAGUCUUGUGGGAAGACGGGAACUCAGACACGUUCCGUAAGCUGCGUCCAACCUCUGGUUGACGGCAAGAUCAAAUCCAUUCGCAGCCGUUUCUGCAGUGACGAGCGCCCAGAGUCCCGUAGAGAGUGCAAUCGCAACCUGUGCCCUGCUGAGUGGAGGCUGGGCUCCUGGUCACAGUGCUCAGUGACAUGUGGUAAUGGUACGCAAGAGAGGCAGGUGCUUUGUCAUACCCGUGACAACACCAUUGGACUCUGUCUGGACUCCAAACCUACUGCAUUGAGACUCUGCAGAAUGGAUCCCUGUCCAAGGAGCACUUCUGACUUCAACAAGCACGGCAACUUCCUGAUACAGUGGUUGUCACGUCACGACCCCAAAUACCCCGUGCAGAGGAUGUCAAAACGUUGUCAUGGUGACCGUUCUGCAUUCUGUCACAUGGAGGUGCUGCAGCAGUAUUGCUCUCUGCCGGGCUUUCAGCGCAUGUGCUGCAAGUCCUGUAAAGUUGGCAAUAUCACAAAGACCACUGUGACUGCAAGUAAGCCACCAUCAAAAUUGAAAAUUACCACUAAAGGACUAUUCACCACAGCCCAAAGUCCCACACGCACAGAGUCCACCACCGCGAUGGCCUUUUUGCCAUCUACAGAAGGGAAAAGUGCCACAUCUGUAAGCACACCUUGGUUAUAUACAAUUUUAGCAACGUCAACUGAUACUCUCGGAUAUUCGACAACGCCCUUUUAUCCAUAUACUACAACUCCUCUCUAUAAGCAAACUACUCCAGAACAGAGCACAUCCUUUGCCAUUACUACACCAAGUAGGAUCACAUCUGUACCUGCAGAUUAUGUGGCAAACAGCACCGAAUUACCUGUUAGUACUGUUUUCCCAGUCAUUUUCAGUGAUCUGAAUAAUGGCACUCUCAUUCCCAGCACCACCGUGCAGUUUAAAGAGUCUGGUGAAGGUAGUGGUGCAACAGAUGUGGACAGUAGUGGGAUGUUGCAGUCAACAACAGUGAAUGGUGUGAAUGAAUGGGAAUUGACAACCUCAGUCAAUAUGGAUGUCAGCAUCCCUGUGACAUCUAUAGUAGAGGUGCUAACAACCACUGAAGAACCUGCUCCCCUGGUACCAAGCAUUACAACUUCAACUUCCAGUACACCACUGUCCAGUACAACAGCAUCUGGCACAGAGAAGACGAGUGGACGGCAAAAUAAAGUGGAAGAAGUGAGUGAGAGCAAUGCUAUUGAUAUACCGUAUCGAAUAAUCCCAUUGGACAAUGAGUUUCCUGUGAAUAACAUCAUCCCCAGAAGAGGACGCGUGUUUCUGCGUGAGAAAACACGGAAUAAGCGCAUCCAGGAACUGCUUGAGGAGAAGCGCAACUUUUUGAGAAGGAUGAAAAGAGCACAGGGGAUUUGAACCCUGUCCAGUUUCUCUUAUAGAGAUACAGCUGCCAAAUGCAACUUCUGAAUCUAGACUUUAUUUUGGUGCUUGGGUCAAGAACUGGAAAAUGUCCAAAAUAUUGCUGUGAACUGACGCUUUCCCCUCUUUUAAUGACAUGGCAAACUGAUCUUUGUGAAAGUCACAAGUGUUUGCACAGUUGUUUCGGCAGGUUUCACUAAAGGCUAUUGUAAUUCAAAGUGAUUUAUCAUUUUAAAGGAUUAGUUCAGCCAAACAUUUAAAUUGUGUUAUCAUUUAUUCAACCUUGUGUCUUUCCAAACCUGUACGAGUUUCUUUCUGCCAUGGAACACAAAAACAGAGAUUCAGCCAUUUUUUUUAUUUCCAUUUUCCGUAUUACAUAAGUGAAUGGUAGUGAGGAGCUAUGAAGCUCCAAAAGUGACAAUAAAGCAUCAUACAAAUCAUCUUCCAAAGUCUUCUGGAACCAUGUGGUAUUGUGCCAAAAAACAAGUAGUUUUUCACAGACAGUAUCAUAAAUAAAUCAUAAAUCUUUAAUAUCAUUCACAUUCCAAGAAAUCCGAACACGGUUCAUUAAGAUUUUUAUGGUACUUUUAUGGUUCUGUUUUAUCUGUUUUGGAAGCUUGACUGCUUCUCGUCCCCAUCCCCUUUCACUGAAUGGAAAAAAAGCAGCAUGAAAAAGAAAAGAAAGCCAACAAGAGGGUAGGUGAAUGAUGAUAGAAAUUUCAUAUUUAGGUGAUCUAAAAAUCAUAGAAACUGAGUUAGGCAAAUUAUCAUUUGCACAAAUCGAUGCUUCCGAACAUGUUAUUCUCCAAAUAUGCUCAAUGACAGAUACAGACGAUAGCCACAUACUGUAUUAUGAAUAAAUAAUCAAAAAAAAAAUUAGUUGACACCAGUCUGAAAUGUACGUUGACUACAGUGUGUUUCAGCUGCACAUUUUAUCAUAAAAAUUUCUAAUAAUUAAAAAAAAUGUGGUGAUGUGAAUAUAGUAAUAAACAAAAAACAAAACAAUUAGUCCAGUCAAUAAGACAUUGAUAUGUACCUAUAUCACAGUCACACUAAUGAAUCAUUUGAUAAGAACAAUUCAGGGAUGCACCGUAUUACACAUGUUAAUUUUGCGCUUGUGAAUUAUAUUUCUUUUCACCAGUAUUCAAGCUUGUGCUGAAACUUUAUCAGAUCAGGUCAAGAUGAUAUAUAUUUUUAUUUGUGAGAUUUUGACUUGUUAUAAGAAUACUUUACACCCUACCCAAAGAUGUCAAAGACUCCAGCAUUAUGUAAAAAGCAGAAAAAAAAGUCAAAAACAAAAAUAAAUUGUAUAUGUCGCAAAAAAA